UGUGGUUCCCGCUGGUGAUUCAGUGCCGCAUGCACACAAUAGACAGAGCGAAGGAGGGACUUCACCAAAACAUAAGCAUACAGAAAGCCUACCUACAGAAACCUUAUUUGUUUUAAAUACUUCUUUUUGAUGCCUGCAUUUAGUUUUACACGUUUGUAAAACUUUGUGGAUGUUCCAGCAGACUGUUGGUGCCUCAUUGCAAUGGAAUAGUCUGCUUUAAUUCAGAGACUCUCUGAAAGGCGUUGAUUAAUCAGCAUUAAUUCCCAUUGAGGUCAUCGGGACAAGAUGGCAGCUCUCAUAUCAGAGAACUUCAAAUUUGUUUCGCUCUUCUUCAAGAGUAAGGAUGUCAUGAUCUUCAAUGGGCUGAUAGGUUUAGGGACAGUGGCCAGUCAGACAGCAUACAACAUUUUUGCAUUUAACUGUCCAUGUUCGCCGAAGAAGAAUUACCUGUACGGUAUGGCAGCCAUCGGUGUACCAGCACUGACUUUCUUCGUCAUUGGAUUGAUACUUAAUCGAAGCACCUGGGAUUUGGUGUCUGAAUGUCGCACCAGAGGAUGCCGGAAAUUAACGCUGACUGCUGCUUCUGUUCUGAUGGGAUCCAUCAUGGGCAGAGCCAUUGUUGCCCCCAUCACUUGGUCUGUUAUUUCUCUCCUGAGAGGGGAGGCGUAUGUGUGUGCUUUCAGUGAGUUUGUUGACCCCUCUACACUGGAUCAUUUCCCUAUAACUACAAAGACUGUAGAAAUCAUGGCCCAGUUUCCAUGUAAGGAUGUACCUGAUCCGUAUACUAUUUACACUAAAGUGAUUGAACGCCAGCUACAGUAUGAAUCCCAGCUGUUGGGAUGGUUGCUGGUUGGAAUUGUUUCGCUUUCUGUCUUUCUGCUCCUCUGUCUAAAAAGCUGCUGCUCUACUCUUGGCUAUCAGCAGGAGGCAUACUGGACUCAAUAUCGUGCAAACGAGCGAGCUAUUUUCCAGCGUACAGCUGAAAUACAUGCUAAAUACAAUGCGGCUGACUGUGUCAAAAACUUCUUUGGCUUUGUGGCUUUGGAAAAUGAAGAAAAGGAGGUUCUUGCAACUUGUAAUGGCAUCAAGAGCGUCAUUCCCAGACUGGAGUGGAACCGCGUCACAGGUGUUUGCUUGUACAGAGAGGUCGAAAACACUCCCUUGUACAGUCGAUUAAAUAAAUGGGACCUGUAUUCAAAAGAUUUCGGUGACUGUUAAGGCAAAUAAGAAAGUUUGUAGGGGAAAAUGGGGUGUUUCAUUCUAUUAUACAGUUUUAUACAGUUUCAUUAUAUACAAUUUGUUUUCUUAAAUUUUUUGUUUUCUUUAUGGGAAACAUGUUUGCGUAUGACAUUGAGAUUUCUACUUGGAUUAUGUACUGAAGGGUUUUCUUGUUUUUAUAAGCUUUUCUUUGUAGGUUGUGAAUGCGCUACAUGCACACAGACUUUUAAUUUUCAGCCAGGCAGCCCAAGGGCUUCCGAUGAAAUGUCUUUCCAUUAUAAAAUUGGCACGUUUAAGGUCUAAUUUCUUUAAAAAUCAGCGAUCUUCACUGCCUGUUAGAUAUACAAUAUGAAGUGGGUCUCAGAUUAGACAAGAAGCACUGCAUUAAAUUCCAUUCCCCCCCGCCAUGGCUUUAAAAUAUGACCGUUUAUUUUACUCCAGUAUUUUCAAUGGAAUUUCUGUGCUAGCCUGUUGCUACUGACUCAUCUCUUGAACAACUAAAUGAAUGCUUAAGUCUAUUUAGAAUGAAUCCUUUGUAAUUAAAUUACAACUUCGAGGCUGUAAAAACAACCUUGUGAAAUUGAAAAUAGUCACAUUAGGCUUUUGCCGGAGGUUUAUCAUUGACUUUAAAACUCUAGCUGUGCAUAGAGCCCAUUUGCUGCUCAAAUGGUCAUUUUUAUACUGUACAAGAAACUAUUAAGCAUCUGUUUUAAGAUACACAAUGUACUCUCAGGUUGAAAUUACCUCUUGUUAUGUUUUGCUAAGCAAUAAAGACAAAUUAGUGUCGAUCGAAUGACUAAAUGCCUACUAAAACUUUUUUGAUACAAGUGUGCCAAGCAAAUCAAAAGUGUGGAAGUAAAAGAACUGUUCAAAUGACAUUAUUAACACUGACUGUAAUGUAAGAUAUUUAACAGAUUCUUAUAUGUACUGUAUAAUUACCAACAAAAGUGUGUUAGGAUUAAAUAUGAGACCAUUGUGAUUAAAGGAUGGCAGGCAUGCUAUUUGUCAAGCUAUAUGCUAUAAAUAAAGUGCUUUGCAUACAAAUAGGGCUAUUACUCUUACUUCCAGAGCCAUUUAUAUCGAAGUUGAUUUUUGGCUGCAACAUCAUGGCUGUAUUUCGUAACAUCGAAUUUUUACGAGGUGGGUUGUUAGACCAACGCUCAACCCCAAACUUGGACCAUGACAUACACACAUACACUACGGACAAUUUACUACCCAAUUCAACCCCAAGUGAACACGGAGAAAACAUGCAAACUUCACACAGAAAAGCCAACUGACCCAGCCAGGGCUCGAACCAGCGACCUUCUUGCUGUGAAGCAACAGCGCUACUCACUGCACCGCCCACAAAUAGGGUUAUUACUAAACCUAAAUGCAGAUUCUACACAGCUUACACUCACAAACAAGUACUAUUUUAGUAGGGAAUGGUAAAACGUUCAUCAGAAAAGUGGUUUCUGUAAGAACUGUUCACUAAAAUUGUGGAGGAUUGCAUGAAAGCGAAUGGUAGGACAUUGCUUUGAGCAAGGAUAGGAAGUCAUGCAUGAGACGAGGCAUGGAUGUGACUUGAGAAGUUUUAAUAUCAGCUGAGCUACAGAGGUUUGAUUGCACAUGCUGGGAUGCCUGCCAAAAGGUAGUUGAAAGAGUUACAAGAGCAACCAGUGCCACUGUUUUAUAGGAGAAAUUUGUGGUUAGUAUGAGGUUUUCGGCUAACAGGUCAUUGUCCAGUUUGACACAAAGAUAUUUUGCUUUCUGUGUGGGUGAGAUUGCCGACUUGUCUACUGAGAUGACAAGGCCUUGGCAAGGGUGCUUUUUGGCUUGAUUGAACAACAGCUUGGUUUUUGAUCAUUUCAGCUUCAGAUGAUGGGCGUUCAUCCAGACAGAGAUGAUUGCCAAGCAUGCAAUGAUUUGUGAGGGUACCUGGUUGUCAGAGCGUGGAUAAAUAGAGGAUUAGUGCCUAAAACUGACAAUAGAAAGAAACCAUGAGACAUGAUAAAAUGAUUAUUUAGUUGGUGAAAAAUAAAAGUGGCCAGAGUACUGAUCCUUGUGAAACACUAAAUGGUCAUUGAUAAGAUAAAGUGGAUCCUUCAUUGACAUUUGAUCACAUGCCCAGAUAAGACCUGUUUGCACCACGUGUGAUAACUAUAAAGAUAACUAUAUUAGAGUGUACAGUAUAAUAUACCUUUCUGUUUAUUUAAGCCAUGCACAGUUUUGUCAUCUGCUUCUUUAAAUGCUCGCAAUUAUCAAUGGAUGAUAGUUUUGACUGAUGGAAUCAGCUUCUAAACUACCUUUUCCAACAAAGGUUCAUUCUGAAAAUGUAGCCCUACAAACAUUUCUGGAGAUUGCAAAUUAUGUAGCCAGAAAUACGUAUGACUGCAUUUCAUUUUUAAAACGAAUGCUACGGGGCGGUAUGAUGCCAUUUCUUAUCGUGCUUAGCUGACCGCUUACCUCUGUGUGGUCUCAUGCUAAGUAUUUUGCCACCUCUAAAAAUGUAUACCAAGGUAUGUAAUCACCAAGAGCCUGGGUUGAUUCUUUUAAUGCUAUUCUUUUGUGUCUAUAGCAGUGCUGUGGUGUUCUUUCUUUCAUUUUGGAACGAUUUUGUCAUUAUGAUCUUCUCCUUUGGCAUAAACAGGCAGUUUACGGUGAGCUGAUUUACAUCCACUGUAUUUGAAGCAAAUGUAAAAUUAGAAUCUUAAAUGUGUAUCAAAAGUUCACAUGAAAGCAUGAUUUGCUCAAUGAGAAGAAAAUAAACAAUUUUAUAUUAAUGUA